AUGAGCCCGAUGUCUUUUGGUAGUGCGAACUCGGGUCUCCAACUUGGAAAUAAUCAUGGGACAAUCGGGACAAUCAACUUUUCAUCCGACCGACUGGAAAACCCAGUACAGAAGACAGACAACGACGCAGAGCUGCGCAGGUCACUAGCAUUCCCACAUAUGCUAGAUCGGAGGGAUAAUAUCGAGCCAUGUCACACGAAUACCUGCCAAUGGAUUUUAGAGCUGGACGAGUAUCAGUCCUGGAGGAAUCAGUCCUGUGGUCUAUUAUGGGUUAAAGGAAAGCCGGGUGCAGGAAAAUCGACCUUGAUGGCCUUCCUACAUAACAAACUCAAAGAAUCACAGGACGGCAUUCAUAAUAUUAUUCGACUGGAUUUUUUCUUUACCGCCCGAGGCACGGAGAUGCAACGUACACCACUUGGAAUGCUUAGAUCGUUAUUGAACCAGAUCUUCGACCGUGACGCGACCAUACGCCCUCAGGUGCGCGAUAUUUAUGAGCAACGAUGUAGGCAGUUUGGGGGAGAACGUAAAUGGGAAUGGCCGCAAACGAUACUUGAAGAAUUAUUGGCAACUGCGAUCCUGGCAUCCGCCAACGAUCAGCCUGUGAUUAUCUUUGUGGAUGCUCUAGAUGAGGCUGGGGCUGAGUCUGCUCAAAAGCUUGCAGCAUAUUUCCACCGUCUUGUUGAUCGUGCUGACAAAAAGAAGCUAACUCUUCAAGUCUGCAUCUCCUGUCGACACUAUCCUAUCUUGGAAAGUGCCCGGGCAAGAGCGAUACAUGUCGAAGACCACAAUCAAGAUGACAUUGCUACAUAUAUCAAGGAUACGCUUCUUGAGACAGAGUUGGAAGAUGUUCCUGAUCAAAAGAAAAUAGAGGGGCUGGUGGAGGAAUUGACCAAGCAUUCCAAGGGUGUGUUCCAAUGGGCCCAUCUUAUAAUACCCCUUGUCAAGCGAAAGGUUAUCGAAGGGGAGUCAAUCAGUGAUAUCCGUGAUUGGCUGGGCGAUGUACCAGCCGAUCUAGAAAACGUCUACGUAUAUAUUCUGAGCAACGUGAUCACGGCUAGCAAUCGAGACCAGUCAUUCCUAUUCUUUCAAUGGGUGUGCCUGGCCGAGCGACCCCUGACUCUAACAGAAAUUCGAUACGCACUGGCAGCGAAGACUGCUCAACUAACGCCAUCUCGAAUCGAAUGGGAGAAGCUCCACGGCUUUAUCGAAAGCAAUGAACGCAUGAAGAAAAGAGUCAAAGUUCUUUCUGGUGGACUGGCAGAAGUAGUCUCAAGUGGGAAAGAUGAGGAGACCGUACAGGUGGUUCACCAGUCGGUCAAUGAUUUCUUCCGGGCAAAAGGACUGGCCUUUUUAUACCAUGGCUUCAGCGCUAGCAUGGGAUCCGUGGAUAUGGACAGUAUUCUCUCUCAGUCUCAAGCAACUCUUUAUCGAUCGUGUCUGGUAUAUCUUGGCGCGAUGUGUUCAAACAAACAAAUGAGUAACUUUCCGGGCUCAAGGGAGAAGCUUGUCUGUGAUCACCCAUUUGUGAAAUAUACGACCAUCAAUCUUUUUAUCCAUGCUGAAAAAGCCACCGGCUCACGAGGUGCCUUGCUGCAGAAUGAAAUAGACAUUCUACAACGAAUGAUCAGUUAUUGGGUUGAAAUCUACCGAUGCCUUGAUACUUAUUCCACAGCAUGUCCACCCACAGGCACAACAAUUUUACAUAUAGCUGCCGCUGCCAAUCUGGUUGACGUGGUGAUAUCUGCGUUGUCGGAUGAGGAGGAUAUAGAGAGAAAAAACGAAGUUGGAGAUACAGCAUUACACUUCGCUGCACGAGCAGGGCACACGAUAACCGGCAAAAUACUGCAGGAAAGAGGAGCAAACCGAGAAGCGAAAAACAACGGUGGAGCGACUCCUUUAACGGAGGCGGCCAGAUGUGGACAUUUGGGGUUUGUUGAAUGGCUUCUACACGAGGGCGUGGAAAUUGAGGCAGGAGGUGGGGGCGCGCUACAAAAGGCUUCAUUGGAAGGUCACAGUGCGAUUGUAGAGAUUCUACUCGCGGCUGGAGCGAAUGUCAACGCCCAGGGUGGUCAAUACGGCAAUGCCCUACAAGCUGCUGCAUGGAGAGGAAGUGCUGAGACGGUCAAGAUCCUGCUCGACGCUGGGGCCGAUGUCAACGCCCAGGGUGGUCAAUACGGCAAUGCCCUACAAGCUGCUGCAUGGAGAGGAAGUGCUGAGACGGUCAAGAUCCUGCUCGACGCCGGGGCCAAUGUCAACGCCCAGGGCAGUCAAUACGGCAAUGCCCUGCAGGCUGCUGCAUGGGGAGGAAGUACUGAGACGGUUAAGAUCCUACUCGACGCCGGGGCCGAUGUCAACGCCCAGGGUGGUCAAUACGGCAAUACCCUACAGGCUGCUGCACGGGGAGGAAGUGCUGAGACGGUCAAGAUCCUGCUCGACGCCGGGGCUGAUGUCAACGCCCAGGGUGGUGAAUACGGCAAUGCCCUACAAGCUGCUGGCGUUGCAUGGAGAGGAAGUGCUGAGACGGUCACGAUCCUACUCGACGCCGGGGCCAAUGUCAACGCCCAGGGCAGUCAAUACGGCAAUGCCCUGCAGGCUGCUGCAUGGGGAGGAAGUACUGAGACGGUUAAGAUCCUACUCGACGCCGGGGCCGAUGUCAACGCCCAGGGUGGUGAAUACGGCAAUGCCCUACAAGCUGCUGGCGCUGCAUGGAGAGGAAGUGCUGAGACGGUCACGAUCCUACUCGACGCCGGGGCCAAUGUCAACGCCCAGGGUGGUCAAUACGGCAAUGCCCUACAAGCUGCUGCAUGGGGAGGAAGUGCUGAGACGGUCAAGAUCCUACUCGACGCCGGGGCCGAUGUCAACGCCCAGGGUGGUCAAUACGGCAAUGCCCUACAAGCUGCUGCAUGGAGAGGAAGUGCUGAGACGGUCAAGAUCCUGCUCGACGCCGGGGCCGAUGUCAACGCCCAGGGUGGUCAAUACGGCAAUGCCCUACAAGCUGCUGCAUGGAGAGGAAGUGCUGAGACGGUCAAGAUCCUGCUCGACGCCGGGGCCGAUGUCAACGCCCAGGGAGGUGAAUACGGCAAUACCCUACAGGCUGCUGCACGGGGAGGAAGUGCUGAGACGGUCAAGAUCCUGCUCGACGCCGGGGCUGAUGUCAACGCCCAGGGUGGUGAAUACGGCAAUGCCCUACAAGCUGCUGGCGCUGCAUGGAGAGGAAGUGCUGAGACGGUCACGAUCCUACUCGACGCCGGGGCCAAUGUCAACGCCCAGGGCAGUCAAUACGGCAAUGCCCUGCAGGCUGCUGCAUGGGGAGGAAGUGCUGAGACGGUCAAGAUCCUACUCGACGCCGGGGCCGAUGUCAACGCCCAGGGUGGUCAAUACGGCAAUGCCCUACAAGCUGCUGCAUGGAGAGGAAGUGCUGAGACGGUCAAGAUCCUGCUCGACGCCGGGGCCAAUGUCAACACCCAGGGUGGUCAAUAUGGAUCGUCUCUCUUAGCGGCUAUUUCCUUGGGCCAUGCUAAUGUUAUUGAAGUUCUUUUUCAUGCUGGCGCAGAUAUUAGCCUUACAGAUGCGCUCGAUCAGACCCCCCUUCACAUUGUAGCUUCAAAAGAUAUGGCUCACCUUCUCUUUCGAUUUCCGCAACUUGCUUCAGCUAUCAACAAGCGCAACAAGCUCCUGCAAACCCCUCUCCACCUGGCUAUCUGCUUUGGCCACAUCCACCUUGCUAUAAAACUUCUUCAUCUUGGUGCCGACCCUUCUCUUCCAGACGGCUAUGGCAGACAUGCUAUGGACUGGGCCAUUGGGCAAGGAACUUUGAUGCGGGAAAUACGUGAACUUUGUCCUCAGCUCUCAUUGACACCUCACGAAACUCAAGAAUCAACUGUACAACAAUCCCUCUUCCACCUCUCCGAUUAUCUUCCUGAGCUCUGCCCGAACUAUGCAUGGAUAAUUUUGCAACAAUUAGCUCGUUCGCCUCCCUCAAAAUAA